AUGCAGUACCAUCAGCGUCCCAAAAUAAAUAUUGUAAGCCCUAGAGCUUUAAGAAUGCAAUCUAGAAAAGCCAUGAGUGUGGACACAGCUCUUAACCAAGGAGUACAACAAGAGGUUGAAAUUGAGUCAACAUCAAAUAGUACUGAUAUUUCCUUACCUUCAGAGCCUGACGUACAUGUACCCAAGGACAUGCAGAUCCAAUGCGAGUUACUUGGUCGGUAUUCGAUUGAGAGGUUUAUGGACAAUCCAAAGGCAGUUUCAUUUUAUACAGGUUUUAAAUCUUAUGAACAUUUUAUGUUCUUAUUCCAUGCACUAGGUCCUGCUGCAUAUGAGCUCAAAUAUAAAUGUUCAACCCUUCAUCCAUCGGAUCAGCUUUUUAUAACAUUGAUUAAACUUAGAUGUGCCAAAGAAGAUGUAGAGUUAUCCUUGCUAUUUGAUUUAUCUGUUUCAACCAUUGCUAGGAUUUUUAAUACCUGGAUUAACUUCCUUUAUUUUCAAUUGAAUGAAUUAAAUAUUUGGCCAUCAAGAGACAUUGUUGAUAAGCAUAUGCCAGUAGAUUUUCAUAGAAAAUUUCCAAGGACGAGAGUUAUUCUUGAUGCUACCGAGAUUCCUAUCCAGAAAUCUCAAGACGUUAACAUUCAGAGUGUGACUUGGUCAUCCUACAAGCACAAACAUACUGUGAAAACUAUGGUCGGGUGUACCCCAAGAGGUGCUAUAUCCUAUAUUUCAGACUGCUAUGGGGGAUCUACCAGUGACAGGCAGAUUAUUGAAGACUCAAGUCUUUUAGAUAAUACCAGGUUUGAAUCUGGGGAUAGUAUAAUGGCGGAUCGAGGCAUAAUGGUUCAAGACCUCUUUGCAAACAACGAUGUGUAUGUUAAUACGCCUACAAUGCUGAAAGGAAAAUCACAACUAGAGCCAGAAGAAAUUGUGAGGGAUAGACGUGUUGCAUCCAAGCGUAUCCAUAUAGAACGUGUUAUAGGAUUAGCCAAACGUUUUAAAAUUCUUAAGUCCGAACUUCCAAACACCAAACUGUCAUUAAGUAACAGAAUUGUAUUUGUUUGUUUUGCAUUGACAAAUUUCAAAAAUGCAAUUGUUGAUAAAUUUGCUUAG